CGUACCUAUGGCUGUAUCUACGGAUACGAGUCGCUUACUCCCUUCUACAUAGGUAGUAGGUACUUGAGUAUCUAGGUAUGGAUGCCAGGUGGAAGCUGGGACUCUGAGGUGAGCACAAACAGAGGGGGAGGCCUGGAAAGCAGGUAUAUUACUUACAUAUGUCCUGGGCAGCCAGUUGAUUUCCUCCCUCUUAGCACAUGCAUCAAGCUGGCAGCUUAUGCGUUUCAUCGCAGCCACGUACACCACCAAAUGGUUUCAUGUGCUCGCCAAUUGCACCGAUCGUCAAUAUCGAUGGUGCCGCAAGCUAGCGAGGCUUCUAGAUACGCUACUUCCAUUGCGAUACCUAGUACUUACGAUAGCAGCAUACCGGUACCAUGGGAAAUUCGAUGAGCAAUCUUCAUACGAGCCCUAAGGGUGAUAUCGACUUGAGCACAGCCUCUCCAUAGCGUCCAAAUCAAUAGUACCCUUCAGCGACAAAAGACAUGCCAUUGCCGGGCUGGUCGGGCAUACCGUCGUUGCUUGAAUGGACCUGGCUGUUUUUUCACGUAGUGCAAAUCCUAUGUCAUGCAAUUGGAGCCGUCGCCAUCGCCAAUACCGGCAGCUCUUCGUGUUCAGUGGGCGUUGUGGGUAGCACCCCUGACAAAGCCAGGCCAGCAAGACUUGAGAUGCCGCCGCUUCUCGCUAAUUGGGACCGGGGUCCAGACCCUGCUCUUGGGGCUGUACAGCCUGCUCGCCUGGCUUACAUGUUAUUGGUAUGUAUGGUCUGGUAUCGUGGUGCAGGCCACAGCUUUUUUUGUGCCUGAGCUAGCCGAGCUAGCUAUCAGCAGAUCCCAGCUCUGGGCGCCCACACCCGCGGCGCGGUCGAAUGCUACGCUGCAAGCACUGCAGCUCGCACUACAUAGGUACGCUACCUAUUUCAUCGGAACUACGACCAU